AUGGCGGACAAACCUCUCAAAUCCACCUGCCAUUGCGGCGCCAUCACCGUUAUCGUGCCUCGUCACCCGGAGGAAAUCAAUGAAUGCCAAUGUACAAUCUGUCGGCGCUAUGCAGCGGCUUGGGGGUACUACAAAGUGGAUGAAGUCAAAUUCGACAUUAAAGAAGGCGCCAAACUCUCCAAGUACGUGUGGGGGGACAAGGAGAAGUCGUUCGAUUCCUGUGCGACUUGCGGAUGCGUAUGCUACUGGUGGCCGUUCGAAUUGAAGAACCCAGACGGCACUGCAGCUGAAUUCGGCGUCAAUACGAGGAAUAUGGACCCUCUGGAGAUUUAUCACGUCAACCGCAAGAUCGAGAGAGCCUGGCUGUUCGCGCCAAUCAACAACAAAACCGCGGCGCAUGCGGACGAUCAGGCCAAAUACUGA